AUGGCAGCGUCAGCGAAAAUACCGAAAAUCCUGGCACCGUCCGGGAUCCGGCUUCCGCCCUUACCGACGAUACGGGAUCUCGUGAAACUCUAUCAGCUGCGGGCCAUCAAGCAGCUGUCGCAAAACUUUCUCAUGGACGAACGGUUGACGGACAAAAUUGUUCGGGCCGCGGGCAAAAUCCACGAUCACCACGUGCUGGAGGUCGGACCGGGUCCGGGAGGCAUCACCCGUUCCAUCAUAAGGCAGCGGCCACGCCACCUGGUGGUGGUGGAGAAGGAUCGUCGCUUCAUGCCGACGAUGGAAAUGCUUGCCGAAGUGGCUCAACCGUUCCUGCGGAUGGACAUCGUGCAGGGUGAUAUACUGAAGUAUCAGGCCGAGAGCGCAUUUCCGGACUGUGAGCCGCACGAUUGGUUGGAUGCGGUACCGGCACCGGUGCACCUGAUCGGUAACCUACCGUUUGCCAUUUCUACUCGCUUGCUGAUCAAUUGGUUGCGCGACAUGAGCCUGCGGACCGGGGCCUGGCGUUACGGUCGAGCUAGCCUGACGCUCACGUUCCAGAAGGAAGUUGCGGAGCGCAUCGUGGCACCCAUUGUAUCCGAGCAACGGUGCCGCUUGUCUGUGAUGAAUCAAAUCUGGAGCAAGCCGGAACUGCGCUUCAUCAUUUCGGGCCGCGCGUUCGUGCCAAAGCCUGAGGUGGACGUGGGUGUGAUAACGAUCGUUCCACUACAGACGCCACUGACGCAGGUUCACUUCGAUACGGUCGAGAAGGUGAUUCGACACAUCUUUUCCAUGCGCCAGAAGUACUGCCGGCGUGGCGUCUCAAACUUGUAUCCACCAAAGGUGCGGGACGAACUGACCGAACUAACGUUCCGGAAGGCGUCCGUCGAUCCGCUGGCUCGGUCGUUUCAGUUAUCCGUCGACGAGUGCUUGCGCAUCGUAGAAGCGUACGAUGAGUUUCUACAGGAGAAUCCGGAAAUCGGAAGCUACGACUAUCGGGCGGCAAAGAGCAAAGUGGCACGUGAAGAUGAUGAUCGGGAGUUUGAUUGAUAGUGGUGCGGAUGCGGUAUUUAGAAGAGCUGUUAGCCUAUUUUGUGAAUAGCAAUAAAGUUUCUAGUUGUCAUGAGGACU